ACUCCCAACACGCCCGCCAGAGAAUGCGUUUAGCGAAGUAGGCUUAGCGCGGUGAGACUGGAAACAUUCCCAUUGGAAAGCUCCUAACGUUCGGACGUACAUUGGACGAAUCCUUGUCAACUUCAGAACAGAUCAUCAAUCCAUUAGAGAGUUUUUUGUUCCCGUUUUGGGUGUCCGAACGUGUGUCCACUACUCAAAAUAUAAAAAAUCUCGUCUAAAUUUUUGCUAUUCUACCAUGAAACAAAAUUCCGCUAAGCCUACGACGACAGAUCCAUCGAAGGGGACUCGGCCAUCGAUGCAACGUGGACAUCACCAGCAGACACCGGCCAUGAGUCACCAGCAGCAGAUGCAACCGGGUCCGGUAACGUACCACCAACAGCAGCAACCAGCCUAUCCCUCGUCACCACAACAGCACCAACAACAGCCAGGAUGUGUAGUACUACCAACAGCUACAACGAUGCCCUAUCACAAACCACAACACACUUACAUGAUGCCCCAGCAAUCAGGACAUCAGCUGGUGAAUGCAGGAACCGCUGAAGCUCCCAUCUAUGUCGGUGGCUCGGUCAUGGGUCAGCAAACAGCUCAACAAGCCUUGCCGCCGGCCGGCUUUGCGACUGCGGCCCAACAACAACAACAACCAAGAUAUCUGCAAACCGUGCCACAUCAGCCAUCAAUGUCGCAGCAGGUACAACGGCCAACUUUCCAACCAUCCGUGACGGACUUUGUGGCUAGUGGUGGUGCAGGUCCUGCCGUUGGUUUUUCCGGUGCACAUCAACCGUACAAACACCACCAACACCAAGCACAGCCGAUGCAAUCCUAUCAAGAAGCACCGACCACUUCCUACCCAGUGCACGUCCAGUCGUCCCUACACCCGGAAGGACCGACGACGACGGAAGCUCAGUAUUUCUUCGACGCUAACUGCACGAUGCCGGUCGUACAGCAGCAAAACCCGGCGACGUUAACCGGAUGCAGAAACCCAAAGUGUACAAGCUGUAAAUCCUUUAAGCGCAACUAGAACACACACACACUGGAGGGGGAUGAUCAGUACAAACCCAAGCAGUGAGGUGCUCUGUGUAAGCUGGAGUGGGGGGGGGGGGGAAAUGGUCGACGAAUAAAUGUGUUCCCUAACUGAGCAGACAUGUUGCAGUUGGUGUCUCAUAUUU